GAUGGUCCGGUGGUCGCCGUCAUGUACAUCCCCCACCCCCCACGACAUUCAAGAGAGUCAUUGAAGCAUUCAUGAUGGACGUCUUCGGCUGGGUCGUGCUCGGCGACGACACGUCUGCCGUAGUGACGGGUGACGUUAACGUUGACAUUGCACGCCAGGAGGGAAAGUAGUUAACGCCGUUUAUGCUCGAGCAUUUCGGGCAUGCGUGUGUGAAUGAACCUACGGUGCCCACGACCAGGAGUCGGACAUGUCUGCACGAAGAACGUGCCUGCCGUCAGCGUACUUAGGCUAGGUGGCGCAAGCUACCGCCCUUUACAAAAGGUAUAGCCGUUAACGUUCGUCCACCCAUCCGUUCGCAAAAUGGCGUCCCUCACAUCGAAGGCGUGCAGUUUUGGCUACAGAUGUAAGGUUUUACUGCGGAAUUCCUCACUGAAAAGUAAAUCUCAUGUUAUCAGGACAUGCAGUACUGCUGGUGGGCAUGGAGGCCUUCCAGAUCCGUACAAGAGUGCGGAAAAGAUGGACAUCGAGGAGUUGUUUAUCAGCAGGAAGGUUCAGGGUUUUCUAAAGAAGCUGACGGGUUUCGAUUUGGAGAAGAUCUACGCACCGGUCCAGACACGUCUGAACGUCCCGAGGUACGAAUUCCUCACGGACGAGCAACUUGAGAAGAAGUAUGAGGAGGCACACCAGAAAGCACGCCGGAAACUCCAGAUGCCACCGGUGCUGCGGGAGCGGCGGCCGUGCGAGGAGGUCCUUGCCAAGGACCCAGAGAUCCAGGGCCACGACGACAGCACCUUCAUCUUUACGGACAUCUCAUACGGAUACCCCGACAGGGAGCGCAUUGUGGCGGUGCGAGAGCCCAACGGCCUGCUGCGGACGGCCAGCUGGGAGGAGCGGGAGCGGAUGCUGCAGUCCUACUUCACCAGCAAGGACAAGUCCUUCUACAUGCCCAAGAUGUUUGAGCCAAACCACCUGCAGGACGUCCUGGACAGGCAGUGGUACGGCUUCGUCCUGGACAGGGCCUGCAUCCAGUUCGAGCCAGACGAUCCAAACUACAUCAGGGUGACGCACGCGACCUACGACCACAUUGACAGCCAGCGGAAGUUCCACGACCUGCGCUCGACGCGCCACUUCGGGCCAAUGGCUUUCUACCUGGUCGUGGUGCGAAGGAUCGACAACCUGCUCAUCGACACCCUGCAGAGGGACAUGAUUGAAGACGCGGCCGACCUGGUGAGGCUCUUCUACCACGUGCAUCCGCGGAGCGACGCGUCGGAAGUGGACGACCGGGCGGAUGGAGUAGAGCUCGUUCAGGCGUUCACACGGAAGGACUCGAACAAGAGGGCCCACCUGGAGCUGGCCAUGCAGACCUACCUGGAGGUGAAGAGCAGCAGAGACCAGGUGUCCACGGGCCUGGCUGCAGCUAGGGGACUCCAGUGACCAUCCCCAGAGUGGAGCCGCCACAUUCCGGGAAGAAAAAGAACUGGACUCCCGAAUCUUUAGUGCCAACGGUAGCCACCUUAACCAUUAAAUUACCGUUUGAAGCCAAACGGUACUGGUUGGAAACUGUCGCGCUUGGCACCAUUUUGUGAAGAUUCCACCGACCGCAGAGUUGGUUGCCCCACGAUGUGAAGCCACUCUCCUUUGUGGGAGACUAGCCUCGCCUGGGUUGGUGCGGUCAAGCGUUUCUUAAAAUUGGCGAUUUCUGGCUCGCUGAAACUCAUUAGCAGAAGUACCAUUCUAGAGAUGAUGCAAUAAAGAUGUUCUGGACACUGGG